AUCGUCAAAUUCUUCUCAUGGCGUUUUCCGGCGAGGUUUUGGCCUCCAAAUUGCACGUCGAAGCACUGCAAAGCGUGGUUCCCAAAACCCCAACAGACCCCAGAAUUUCCUCCAUCCGCCGAAACGCCGCCGCCAUUCUCCACCGCCGCUUCCACGCACUCCUCCUCUACCACAACAACAACGCCGACCAUACCUCCGGCAGCCACGUGGCCGCCGGAAUUAAGGCCUCUCUCCAAAUGGCCUUGCAGGAUCACCCACUGCUGGCCGGCCGCCUCCGCCCGGCGCCCGACGGCGGACAAAAUCUCGAGAUAGUUUCCAAUGAUUCCGGCGCCAGGAUAGUGGAGGCCCGCGCUGAUUUCAACCUCCACGAAUUUCUCGACUUCAACAACAAUGGCGGCGCCGCCGAUCAUCAUCUCGUCUUCUGGGAGGAUGUUGAUCACGACAACCCUCAAUUCUGCCCACUCUUUUACGUCCAGGUCACCAAAUUUGGGUGCGGAGGGUAUUCCAUUGGGAUCAGCUGCAGCCUUCUGGUUAUGGAUCCUUUCGUCCUUACAGCCUUCAUCAAGAAAUGGGCCGACAUCCAUAACCGCAUGCUGCAGGAGGAUGCCCAAACUCCCAUGUUAUUCUACCUUCCUAGUAUGGCAAAGCCCCUGUCCUAUCAGCCUCUGCAAACCGGAUCCAAUGCAACCAAGAAUUCCCCUGCUGCCAGUGUCAUUUUCAAGACUCCUACAAAGGCUGCAAAAGAUUCAGAGAGUCUUGCCUUAAUGUGCAUCGAGAGGGCCGAGAGUGAGAUUGGCGCGAAAAUGCCCUCGGAGGUCUGUCUCUUUGCGGCGCAGGGAGACCCCGCCGAGGUUGAGGUAAUUAGUCAGAGUCAAGGGGUUUUGGAAAGUUUGCCAUCCGACAAUAUUGGUGGAUCGAAGUGUGUAAGAACUUGGUGGGACGAGGAAUUCGGAUUGGGCGGCGUAUGCUUCGUUGGGAAGAAUAAACCUGCCUAUGCAUCGAGUUGGAUGAACUCAAUUGUCGAACAAGGUUGUGUGAUGAUUGUCGGGGCAUCGGAUCAUGAAACCAAAGUUGUCGUGACAUUCACCUGAAAGCAUAUUUAUGAAUUAAUGUGUGGUUAUGUGUUGUGUGUUUCGACGUUCCUGAGGAUCGGUUGUAAGUUCAUUUCAAGACCACAGCAUAUGGUCAAUGAGGACAGCGAAGGCUAUGCUAUAAUCUUCGAAUGUAAAAGGAUGUACUCUCUUUGGUCUUUUCUUCCAAUCAACAAGACUUUGAGAACAUUAUGAAUAUAAGUGG